CCACCCUCCUUGGAUCAAUCCAAGCUCUCCCAGCUUCAAUCAAUUGGUUUGGAUAGAGAGUGAACUGUAAUUGGAGUUCUUCCAGUCUAAGACAUUUGGUCUGCUGAUCUUGAUAUGGAGAAGAUCCCGGACAGGGAUCGCGCCCUCCUUGGUUACGCGCAUCGAGAUCCUUUCGGAAACUUGCCGAACUCGGCGGCGCACCGGAACUCCGAUGCGGAUUUCCAUGACGUGUUCGGCGGCCCCCCAAGGCAUUCUUCAUUUUAUGAGAGUCGUCGGAGCCGGGGGGAUUCGUUGGAAUCGCCUUCCUCGCUGAGGGGGAGAGGGAGCGGGGAGGAUGGCGGGAGGUCACGGAGGCCAUGGUCGGGUGGGGAGGAGAAGCCUGUGUUUGGGGAGAUGAGUAGCCCAGCUCGAAGGAGGUACCUGGGAGAUGAUUUCUUCGAUGACAUUUUUCCGGGCAGCGAGUCCUCGGGUUCUACACUGAGAAAGCAUGACCGAGAUUCUUACCCUUCUUCGCCUGGUUCUCGGGUCCUCAGCCGGAACCGCCCAGUCCUGGCCAGCCGCGAACCAUAUGUUGGAAGUUCCUCACUGCCUGCGCAGCUCAGCCACUCUGUGAAGCUAGCCAAAGUGAUAGACCAUCCAUCAUUGGGAUCUCCCACUAAUGGUUCUCUAUAUAAAAAUGAGUAUGAGGCUCCUGAUGUAUUCAGCUCUCCUUCUUCCCCAAAUUCUUCUGUAUCCAGUUUUACAACCCGAGAAAUACGAGCACAAAUUGAUGCGAGAAAUGAUGGUCAUGCUUUUUAUCGCCAUAGUCCUUUAUCUCGUCAGUUUUCUUAUAGUGCGAAUAGGUCAUUAAAGAACACAGAUUCUACUUGGCUGAGCACAGAAAGCCAAUAUCAAAAGGACUCAUUGAGCUUAGAAAGUCAUAUCAGCAGCAGCCAAUUCCAUUUCUCCAUAUGCAGAUGGACAGGCAAAGGAGUAAAACUAGUUUUGCCUUGUAAUUCAGAAGAAAGAAAUAAAAAAGUAAGUAAAGCUAGAAAAUUACCUGAAGUGGUGAUACAUGAAGUUGAUCUAGCCUCUGAUGAUGACAAUAUAUCAAUUGUGACUGGAGCAUCUGAAUCCCAAAGUGAGAGUCAUACUAGCAAAUUACUGGAUGAUUUCCAUAUGGGGAGAAAGUUUUGUGCAGGUUCAGCAAUUGUGGAUAACCAUUUGCCUGCUAAGUUUGAACUGAAGAACCUUCACAGUGAUUCAAUUGAAGAAUCAGGUACUUGCAAGAACAUCAAUAAGGAGGUUCCUGUGACUAAACUUGAUACAAGGAAAUCUGGAAUAAGAAAUCUAUGUCAGCUGUUUAAUGAUGAAUUUGGAAAACAAGCUUCUGUCUUCUUGAACAUAGGACAUGAGGAUGUAAUCAUACGGGAGGGGGAAACAAGGGGCUUGUCCAGAGGCCAAAGAAAUGUUAAUGAAAAUGUUGGAUUUAAAGAGAGAGAUGGAAGAGAAAAUAGUGUAGGUUACAUUGAAGUAACUAGCACAAGCAUUCAAGAUGCCCCGAUAUGUGUGGAAGAUAAAAUGCCUGGUGGCAGAAUAAAGGGCAAAGUAAAGGAGUUCAUCAAAAUAUUCAGUCAUGAAGGUUCACCAAAACGUGAAAGCACAUUCAAAACCCAAGAACGCAGAUCUAAAGGAAAGCAUGGAAGCAAAAGCAUAGUAGAAGACCAACACAGCAUCCCUACAGCCAAGGCAGAUAAGAAAGUGAAAUCAAGCCAUGAAAAUAAUGGAGCAUUUUUGGCUACCUCUGUGGCAAUAAAUGAAAUAUUAAAUGGGGUAGAGAAGCUGGACUCCAAUAUGAGCUCUGACAUUCACAUGAACAAUGAUCUAUCUUCAGAAAGAAUCAACAUCCCAGGGCCAUGUUCUGAGUCAACUCAUAAAAGCACGGAUGCCUCAAUAUUCAAUGUAGAGGAUUACCAUAAUGAAGAUAUUGAAGAAUGUUUGGUAGAGGAGUUGUCUCAGGAACAGAAUGACCAUCUGCAGAGUAAUCUACCUCAAGAUCAAUUCAAAAUUUCAGAUGCUCAAAUAUGGGAGUGGUCCAAGGGAAAGGAAGGAAAUAUCCGUUCUCUGUUAUCGACUCUACAAUAUGUUCUCUGGCCAGAAUGUGGAUGGAAACCAAUUCCCCUUGUUGAUAUAAUUGAAGGAACUGCUGUGAAGAGAGCAUAUCAAAAGGCACUACUUUGUUUACAUCCAGAUAAACUACAACAACGGGCUGUGGCCAUUCAUCAAAAAUAUAUUGCAGAAAAAGUUUUUGACAUUUUGCAGGAGGCAUGGACUCAGUUCAGUUCAGUCAGUGGACUUUGAUGGUGAGAUGGUCAUCAUUUGGCUGCUUGUUUCAAAACCUAAAAUAAAUACUUUAGUGUCAUGGAGUGUAUCUGAUAUGUUUGUCCAUGAGAGAGAGGAUUUUAGGUGUGUGAUAUCCAGAGCAAGAAUUAUGUUGUAGAAGAUUAUCAUAUUGUUUGCCUAGAGAACUGUUAGUCAUACUGAAUAAGAUCCAUACUAUGCAUAUCCUAUUACUUCGGGUCACGUUGGCACUAAACUAGUUCUGCAAACAAAAAUUUUACUA